UUGGCUGUCUGGACUGCACUGGACUGAGCGACUGCAGAGCAGUUAACCUAGGCUGAACUCUGGUGGUUUCCCUACCCCCUGAAGAUGUAUGGCCUGUAUCUGGAAGCGGUGAAUGAUUACAUCAAUGAGUCGUAUGGGGAGGAUGUCUGGAGACUGAUCGAGGCCCGUGCAGAGAUACCCCACCUCAAGUUUGUCCGUCACCAGAUGUACAAUGACAAUCUUAUCCUUCGCUUGGCAAAAGCAGCUGGGGAGGUGUUGGGCAAGACACACGACGAGUUGAUGUACGCCUUCGGGGUCUACAUGGUCAAGAGGAUAGGAAAUUACGGCUAUGAACGGAUUUUGAAGGUGCUUGGCCGGAAUGUGCGAGACUUCAUCAACGAGCUGGACAACCUGCACGAGUACUUCCGCUUCUCCUUCCCCAAAGUCCAGCCGCCCAGCUUCUGUGUGGAGGAGGAGUGCGAGACCAGCCUGACGCUCCACUACCGGAGCACCAGGAAAGGCUUCACUCAGUUCGUCAAAGGGCAACUCUCCCAAGUGGGCCGGCAGUUCUACAAUACAGACAUUGAAGUGGAGAUCCUGUCCAAGGAGGAGACAGAGAAAAUGACAUAUGUGGUGUACAAGAUGAACUUUGACAACGCUGCCUUCAAGCAUCGCAUGCCCCAGCAGAAGACGGCCCCGGGCUACGAGAAGCUGCCCAUGAAGAGGGGCAUCUUCUUCGACAUGUUCCCCUUCAGCGUCAUAUUCCGCCGCGACAUGACCAUGUACCGCAUCGGCGACGGCCUCAAGGAGGUCUUCUCCGACCUGCAGGGCAAGAAGGUCGACGAGGAGUUCACCCUGAUUCGGCCUAUGCUCGAAUUCAGCUGGGAAAAUAUCUACACCCACCUGAACAAUGUCUUUGAGCUGUUGUCCAGAGCUGUAGUGGAGAGCAAGCAGAAGGUGAACAUCCCCAAACUCAGCAAAGAGGAGCCUGAGGAGAAAGAGGAAUGCGAGAAACCAAAGAAAGAGAAGCGGGAGAUUAAAGUCCUGGAGGAGAUGAAGGGGCCGGACCAGGAGUACAGCAGUGCUCUCACUCAGUACAACAGCUCUGCCAACUCUGGAGGAGAGGACAUAGAGCUGCUUGCCUUCCAGACGGUGACUGGGAAAUGCAGUGAGACCAUAUUCGAGGACAUGCGGGAGCCGCCGAAGAAGCCGCUCCACCUGAAGGGCCAGAUGAAGUAUGUUCCUCAGUGGGACUCCCUCAUCUUCCUGGGGACGCCCAUUAUCGAGACUGUGGAGGACAUGAUUAAAAUGGGGGUUUAUGUAAACGACCUGAACCUGCACGACUCAAGCAGAGAGCUCAUUCUAGCUGGAACACAGCAAUCGGCCGAGCUUCAGCUGGCUUUGGACCAGGAACAACAGAAGUAUGCCCAGCUCCAAGAGAUCAUUAAGAAGCUGGAUGAGGAGAAGAAGAGAGGUGACUCCCUCCUGUACGCCAUGAUCCCUAAAGCAGUGGCAGACCGGCUCCGCAAAGGCAUCACCGCUCUAGAGACCUGUCAGGUAUUUCCUGAUGUCACCAUCCUGUUCAGUGAUGUGGUAAAGUUCAACGAAAUUUGCAUUCACAUCACACCCAUGCAAGUGGUGGACAUGCUGAACGAGAUCUACAUCGUCUUUGACACCCUCAGCGAGAAGCACAACGUCUACAAGGUGGAAACCAUCAGGGAUGCCUACAUGGUGGUCGCAGGCGUCCCCAAUAAAACCACAUUCCAUGCCCACCACAUCUGUGACAUGGCUCUAGACAUGCUGAGCUCCAUUGACCACCUUAAGGAUCCCUCCACCGGGGACAAUAUCCAGAUCCGAGUUGGUAUCCAUUCUGGGAUGGUGGUGGCAGGCGUGGUGGGUUUAAAGAUGCCACGCUACUGUUUGUUUGGUGACACAGUGAACACAGCAUCUCGCAUGGAAAGCAAUGGAGUGGGCAUGCAAAUCCACAUUAGUCAGACGACAAAGGAUCACCUGGAACAUGAACCAUACAUUAUUGAAGAGAGAGGCAAGAUUUUUGUGAAGGGGAAGGGCUACAUGAAGACGUACUGGCUGAAGGGGAAGAAAGACCUCUCCUUUAAGACUCCGGCUGAACUGAGGUACAGCGUCGAGCCGAAAGAGUCGGAGGACCUCAGCUCCAACGGCUCCACCUGCACUAACACCAAACGCUCCCACUCCAAUUUGAACAUCCCCAAUCAGGAGCAGGCCGAGGGCAAGGCGAGCCCGACUGAGCUGCCGCCCGACCCACUCCCACCGCCGGAGGGCAGCACGGAGGCCAGCAUGGUUGCCACGGAGGCCCAGGACAAAGAGAAGGUCAAAAUGACUAAAAACGACAAAGGUGUAAAGGCGGAAAACAACUCUGGCAAUGCACAAGAGGGUGCGCCACCUAGUGGUGGCCAGGAGAAUGCGGGGGGCCUGGUGCUCAAUAACAAGAAGCAUAGCUUGAGGCAACAGUAUAGGCGGUUACCAGCUAACCUCCCCAUGCGCAGCACAUCCUGCAGGCUCCUCUAAGAAGAUAAGAGAGAUAAAGAGAGAGAAAUGGAGAGAGAGAGGAGAUAGACAUCUGAGUCCAUAAAAUGGCCCUUAUCUUUCAUUUCACAUGCAUAGGUUCCAGUGUUCUCAUGCAGGUGUGCUCAAUCUGAUUCAGUCAGAUAGAAUCUGCAUGAGAUAUAGUCUCAGGGAUGUUAGCCUUUGCUAGUCUCACCAUCAACAAUGAAGAAGAAUCAAGUGGUUAUAGAAACAUUUCAUAAAAGUGCAGUUAAAUAUGUAUAAGCAUAUACAGACAAAACUGCAACAAGCAACAGUGACAGUUAAGAGAAAGUUGAUUGUUCUUAAGGUGAAUUUAUAGUCCAUGCUACAAGUAUCACUCAGAAAAAAACUAACUGGCUCAGAGUAUUCUAUGACAACUCAGCUACCUAGCUUAUUAACAUUAGUUCACUAGUUCAAGUCGUAAAGACAACGGAUGACAGGCAGAAAAAUACUGAACGGCACAUUUUUUACUCUUUAAACUUGAGAUCCUAUCAACAUUGAAGUAAAAUCUCCCCAAUCAUCAAUUAAGUCAACGUUUCAUCAGAUAUGAACUUUACACGUAACACUACCUGCUAACUAGGAUGCUAAAAACAUUAACUAGCCAGAUGGUCGUAUCGAUGUAAACAAGGCAAAACAUCCAUCAAAGCUCUUUUCAUCCAAUCAGAGUGAGGAACAAAAGCUUUCAACUUCUGUGCCCUUUUAGAUGUACACAACUAAGUCUGCAACUACCUAGCGGACACAAGUUGUCCCUAGUUGUCUCUGUUACGUCAUUUUUUGUUGAGUGAAACUUGUCAACUGGACUAUACAUUGCCCUUUAUACAGAAGGUCAACAUUGUUACUGAAAUAUAUCAACAGUCUGACGAAAAGAAAUAAUUUACAUUAUUAUUACCAUUAUUACUUAUUAUUAUUAUUAUAAAUCGUAAACCUGGGAGAGCUGCUAUCACCGACAGGCUGCUGCUGUUUAGGGAUGGGGUGGUGCUUUAUUUGUUUUGUUUUGUUUUUCAUUUAAGAUAAAAAUCCAUAUUUACUCUAUUCAUUCCUCUCCUUGGUGUAUGUCUGGCAGGGAUUAAAAAGUGACGUAAACAUGUCAACUUAUGUUUGUAAUAAAGUUUUAAAUAAUUUC